AGAAGCUGCCUCUGAAAUCCAAUAGGAGGAAUGACCAAUCACCCAUCACACUCCAACGGUAUGCAGACUCUCCGGAAGGAGCAUCUGUACAAGGUACUGGUCAUCGGAGACCUGGGAGUCGGAAAGACCUCCAUCAUCAGGCGCUAUGUCCAUCAGACCUUCUCCACUAAUUACAGGGCUACGAUCGGAGUGGACUUCGCCUUGAAAGUGUUGAACUGGGACUCCGAAACUGUCCGUCUUCAGCUUUGGGAUAUUGCAGGCCAGGAACGUUUUGGGAACAUGACACGAGUGUAUUACCGUGAAGCAAUGGGAGCUUUCAUUGUGUUCGAUGUCACACGGCCCACAACCUUCGAGGCCGUUAUUAAGUGGAAAGAGGACCUGGAUUCUAAAGUAAUGCUAGCAAAUGGACAGAGCAUUGCAACCGUGCUGCUGGCUAACAAGUGUGACCAGGGCAGGGAACUCACCAACAACGGCAUCAAAAUGGACCAGUUCUGCAAGGACCAUGGCUUUGUUGGGUGGUUUGAGACCUCUGCUAAGGACAAUCUCAAUAUCAGUGAAGCUGCAAACUUCCUGGUCAAACACAUCAUGGCCACAGAGAAUGACAUCCUAAAGUCAGUGGUACCAGACACCAUUUCACCACAGAUCGACUCCAACAGGCAGAUGAGCUGCUCGGGCUGCUUCAAAUAAUGAAAGGAAGAUGGUGGAAGCAGAAAGAAUGGAUGCACAGCAGGACUAAGAGGGAUAAACACCACACAGCCAGCUAAGGAAACGGAAACAGCAUUCAGGGUGGUGCAAUGGGGCUUCUUAGGUACAUACCAGUUGAGUUGAAAAAAUUCUGUUUAUUUCUUUUUAUAGAGUAAACAACAGCUUACAUUGACUCAGAAGUUGCACAUUUAUUUCAAAUAACAGUUUUUAAUAGGAAGUUAUCUUGUGAUACCUAAGCUUCUUUUUGGCAAGUAACACUGCUGUCUGUGCUAUUUGAAGUCUUUGAAAGAUAAAAGACAUGUUGAUGAACAUGCAUCCUCAUUAUUUUCUACAAUUUUAAGUAUGUUUGCAUGUAUUACUGUGCUUUC